AUGUCCACCCAGACCAAGCCCACAGCUAUCGUUAUCGGAGCAGGUGUAGGAGGUAUCGCUACCGCAGCUCGUCUCGCUCACGCUGGCUACCAAGUGACCGUUUACGAAAAGAACGAGUUUGCAGGCGGCCGAUGCUCGCUCAUCCACCACGAAGGGUAUCGCUUCGAUCAAGGCCCAUCCCUCCUCCUUCUCCCUCCACUCUUCCACCAGCUCUACAACGACCUCGGCGAGAAGCUCGAGGACCACAUCGAGUUGAUCCAGUGCAACCCCAACUACAUCAUCCACUACCACGAUGGCGAGAAGAUCAUGCUUACGAGCAAUCGGGCUCAGAUGGAGCAGGAGGCGGAGAAGUGGGACGGUCCAGGUGGAGCUAAGCGAUUGGAGGGGUUCCUUGCUGAGGCCCGUAAGCACGGCGAGGUAUCUUACGAUCAAGUUCUCGGCAAGAACUUCCCCUCGAUCUUCUCGAUCCUCCGCCCCAAAUUCUUCAUGCACGUCCUCGAUCUCCACCCUUUCGCCACUGUCUACGGUCGGUGUGCCAGGUGGUUCAAGACGGAGCGGAUGAGGCGGGCGUUCAGCUUUGCAUCGAUGUACCUCGGGAGCUCGCCUUUCGACGCGCCAGGAACCUACUCUCUCCUCCAGUGGUCCGAGACCUGUGAGGGUAUUUGGUACCCCAAGGGCGGUUUCUACCAGGUCCCCGCCUCCGUCAAGCGCAUCGCCGAGAAGAACGGCGCCAAGUUCCACCUCUCCACUCCCGUCAAGUGCGUCACCUACGACUCGAACAACAAGGCUACCGGUGUCCUCCUCGUCAACGGUCAAAAGCACAAUGCCGACGUUGUCGUCGUCAACUCAGACCUCACCUGGUCGUACAACAACCUCUUUGUCAAGGAGGGCGAGGAGGGGACCGGUAAGACCCUUGCCGAUGCCAACUCGAACGGUACCCCGGUGAGCAAGAAAGAGUUGCUCGACCCCAAGAAGGCGAACAGCUUGGUGCAGAAGCCCCACUCGUGCUCUUCCAUCUCCUUCUACUGGGCUAUGGACCGCAAGCUCGAUGACCUCAAGGGCCACAAUAUCUUCCUGGCCGAGGAGUACAAGGCCUCAUUCGACGAUAUCUUCCGAGACCGCUCCAUGCCCCGCGAGCCCUCGUUCUACAUCAACGUUCCCUCGCGUAUCGACCCCACGGCCGCGCCCGAGGGCAAGGACUCGCUCGUCGUGCUCGUCCCCGUCGGUCACCUCUCGCCCGGCAAGAAGGGUUCCGACCCCGACGACGAGGGAGCGGACCAGGACUGGCCCGGACUCGUCGAGCGCGCCAGGAAGCAGAUCAUUGAGAUUGUCGAGGAGAGGUUGGGGAUCACGGGUCUGAAGGAUAUGAUUCUUUGGGAGGAGGUCAACACCCCUUUGACUUGGAGGGAGAAGUUCAACCUCACCCACGGUUCCAUCCUCGGUAUCACCCACGACUUCUUCAACGUCUUGUCAUUCCGUCACCAGUCCCGCCACCCCAAGCUCUCCGGCGCGUACUUUGUCGGCGCGUCCGCUCACCCCGGUACCGGAGUGCCCAUCGCUAUCGCCGGCUCCAAGCUCUGCGCCGAGACCAUCAUGCGCGACAGUGGCAUCAACCUCCCCUCCACGUACACCGCCAAGCCCCCCGUGGCAACCUCGGACCUGGACCGCCCCCGCUCCCAGAACCUCAUCCACUACUUUGAGCGCACCGUCCUCGGCCUCGCACCCUUCGUCACUGGCGCCCUCAUCGCUUCGAGCAUCCUCGCCAUCGCCGCGCUCGCGACCGGCCUCAUCACCCUUCCGGCCAUCAUCAAGUUCCUCGGUCUCGAGUCGCACGUCGCGCGCUACUUGCCGUCGUACGGUCUCGAGGGGGCUCAGGGUUGGGAGAAGUACUCGCCCCUCUCAGCCAAAUCCAACGGUCUGUUGGGGUCAUACGGCUGGACCGCACCCAUCAUCCUCCUCAACUUGGUCAUGGCGUACAUGACCCUUUCGGGCGCGGGCAAGAAGGCGCAGCCGGUGGCGUACAAGGCGGGCAGGGAGGAGGUGGUCGGUAUGCCGGUACCCAUCGAUGCGCGCAAGCCCGUCAUGGUCGGGCACAAGGGGGCGGUGGGUAUGCCGGUGCCUAUUGAUGCCAACGGGCCGGUGCUUGCUCGGGCUUUGUAA